GUCUAGAGGAAAGGACGAACAUUAGGCAAGCACUUGGAAUCGUGCGAAGCGCACGCCAUCAGAUCACCUUGGUGAGUGAACCGCCAAGCCCGAAACACCGAAGGCCACGAAUCCCAACCGGGAGGACGACCACAGCGCCUGCCGCGCAUGGUCAAGGCAGGCUCGCCGGAACAUGCGCAGUAGGUAGUAGGUGAGGGAUACGUCAUCUGUCGGCGUCUGCGCCUGGCGUCACCGACCGGUGCUGACAGGAAGAGGCUCUGGGCGGGCACAUGUGUAUGGCGGCGAGCCGGGCGGGUACAUGGCGGGCUCUGUGGGACUGGCGUUGUGCGGGCAGACGCUGGUGGUGCGGGGCGGCAGCCGAUUCCUGGCCACCUCCACAGCAAGCAGUGAUGAUGACAGCCUCUUCAUCUAUGACUGCAGUGCUGCAGAAAAGAAGUCACAAGAAAAUAAAGGGGAGGACGCGCCCUUGGACCAGGGGAGCGGUGUGAUUCUGGCGUCCACCUUCUCCAAGUCUGGCAGCUAUUUUGCUUUAACCGAUGACAGUAAGCGUCUGAUUCUUUUCCGUACAAAACCAUGGCAAUGUCUGAGUGUCAGGACCGUGGCGAGGAGGUGUACAGCCCUGACCUUCAUAGCCUCUGAGGAGAAGGUCUUGGUGGCCGACAAGUCGGGAGAUGUCUACUCCUUUUCGGUGCUGGAGCCACACGGGUGUGGCCAUCUAGAGCUGGGGCACCUGUCCAUGCUGUUAGACGUGGCUGUGAGUCCUGAUGACCGCUUCAUCCUCACUGCCGACCGAGAUGAGAAGAUCCGAGUCAGCUGGGCCGCAGCGCCCCACAGCAUCGAGUCAUUCUGCUUGGGACACACAGAGUUUGUGAGCCGCAUCUCCGUGGUGCCCACUCAGCCCGGACUGCUUCUGUCCUCCUCGGGGGACAGCACCCUGAGGCUCUGGGAGUACAGGAGCGGCCGCCAGCUGCACUGCUGUCACCUGGCCAGUCUACAGGAGCUGGUGGACCCCCAGGCCCCCCAGAGGUUUGCUGCGUCCAGGAUUGCGUUCUGGUGCCAGGAGAACUGCGUGGCGCUUCUGUGCGACGGCACUCCUGUGGUCUACAUCUUCCAGCUGGACGCCCACAGACAGCAGCUGGUAUACAAGCAGCAGCUGGCGCUCCAGCACCAAGUGUGGGACGUGGCUUUCGAGGAGACUCAGGGCCUGUGGGUGCUCCAGGACUGCCAGGAAGCCCCCCUGGUGCUCUACAGGCCUGUGGGCGGCCAGUGGCAGUCUGUUCCUGAGAGCGCCGUGUUAAAGAAAAUCUCUGGUGUUCUUCGUGGGAACUGGGCCAUGCUGGAAGGCUCUGCCGGUGCGGACGCCAACUUCAGCAGUCUCUACAAGGCCACGUUCGACAACAUGACCUCCUACCUGAAGAAGAAAGAGGAGAGAGUGCAGCAGCAGCUGGAGAAGAAGCAGCGGCGCCGGAGUCCCCCGCCUGGGCCCAACGGGCAGGCCAAGAAGAUGAGGCCUGGGGAGGCGGCCUUGAGUUGCUGAUUGUGGCGGUCAGUGGUGCCUCUCACCUCAAAUUAGAAAAAGCUUUUUCACUUGUUCCCCUGCAUCCUGGCGUCUCCCUUCAAGAAGGAAAAGGUGAGGUCAGUUGUGACCAGCUCAGAGGAUGGGACUGUCCCCUGGGGCUCUAGAAAGAACAUUCUAUGUCACCAGCACAGGCUCUUGCUGGGUGCCUGUGCCCCCUUUCUGGUUGAAGGGAAGCCAGACCGGUGGAGUGGAAACUCUUGAAGCACUUCCUUUUCACGUUGGAGGCCGCGUGCGAGCCUGUGGUGGCGGCAGCUGUCUGUGUUUCUUCUGUUCUCAUCUGCCCUUCAUGUCUGCUGCAUCUUCCUCUAGGAGCAUCUGUGGGCUGAUGUUUCUGGCACGGUGGACUUUUUCAUGUUGUUCCCGCUGUCUCAGCGUCCAGGUGAUGCACUGCCCCACAGUAGCUGCUCGCCGCACAGGCUGUUGAAACGCAGCAUGAAUGCUUCAGCCCGCCCCAGCCCCAGCCCCAGCCCCAGCCAUACCCCUUGUGUUCAGGAGCUGCUCCUGGAGAGUGGCUCCCUUGUGGGAAGAGAGAAAUGUGUUUCGGAGUCGCAGGGAGCUCUGUCCGGCAUCGCUGGGGCAGACGGUGAACUUGUUUCAGGAAGUGUGAGCCCACGGGCCCGGCUGGCACCCGGUUUACUGGAAGGUGAUUGAGGAUGUCGUCGGGAUUAGAUUUGACCUUGGCACACACUGCAGAGCCGCAGGGAUGUUGCUGAAUUUCAGUCACCAAUCAGCAAGGAUGAACCUUCGCAACUUCCUAGGAAUGUUUAGCGGCAACAUAAUGUACCAAGCAAAAC